AUGCUUCAACUCAAUCUCCCCCUCAUCCUCCUACUAUACACCUCCCUAUCCCAAGGAACAAUCGUCCGACAACCCAUCAUCACCCGUUUCAACCCAACCCGACGCACUGUAUCAUCCAACUACACAACUCCCAUCCAGAUCGGAAACGGAAAUUUCGCUUUCGGAGCCGACAUCACCGGUCUCCAGACCCUUCAACCUUUCAACACGCUGUCAUCAUGGGGUUGGCACAAUACCUCACUGCCAAACAAUACGACGCCUGCAAACUUCACGGGGCUCGAUUGGUGGACGCACGGCAGGCUGGUGAAUUAUGACCAGCCGAAUCCUGCAGAGCCGGAGAUUUCGCAGUGGUUGAUCGCGAAUCCGCAUAGGGUCAAUCUGGGGAGGGUAGGGUUUGCUUUUUUCGAGGGAGAUGUGGCAAUCAACGUGUUGAUGGAGAGAGAUGUCUCUUCUGCAAUGCAGGAAUUGGAUCUCUAUUCUGGAUCUGUCAGGUCUGUUUUUACGGUCAAUGGGUCAGAGGUCGAAGUCACUACCGUGGUAGAUCCACACACAGACACUUUGGCCGUCAAGACAUCCUCGAUGCUGCUGAAUGAGGGCCGACUAGGGUUCUUUGUGGAUUAUCCAUAUGCGACGGACGUGAAUAAAUUCGAGGCUCCGUACGUUGGUGAUUGGGAUGCAGUCAACAAGCAUAAGACCGAUCUCGAGAAUGAGAAUGGAAAUGGAGCGCAUGGUGCUGCGAAGAUUACGCACCAGAUGGAUAACACCGUCUAUUACACCUAUUUGAGAUGGAAUGAGAAGUCUCGAAUGAGACCAGUGACGGGCACUCAUCGGUAUAUACUCCAGCCGCAGACGCACAACAACAGCGUUGGCAACGAGGUUUUCGAAUUAACAGUGACAUUCUCACCGUCAGCCUCGUCUCCGUUAAAUGCAAGUGUGGACACAAUCCAAUCCACAGCUGCGCACUGGUGGAAGGACUACUGGGAGACCGGAGCGUUCAUCGAUCUGACCGCAACUCAGAACGCCACCGCCAUUGAACUUCAACGACGGAUUAUUCUGUCACAAUAUCUCCUUGCUGUCAAUGAGGCAGGGGGAGAUCCGCCACAGGAAUCUGGCCUCGUGAACAAUGGCUGGUAUGGAAAGUUCCAUAUGGAAAUGUACCUGUGGCACUCGGUGCAUUGGCUAACAUGGGGUAAAUCGCAUCUGCUUGAGAGAAGUAUAGAUGUAUACAACCGAUUUUUGCAAUCCGCAAUCCAGCGCGCAGCGAAUCAAGGCUACGACGGAGCACGAUGGGGAAAGAUGACCGAUCCUACAGGACGGUCGGCUCCAGGAGAAAUAAAUUCGCUGUUAAUAUGGCAGCAGCCGCAUGUGUUUUAUUUCGCUGAGACAGAGUAUCAGCACCAGCGACCAUCGCAGCGCGAAGCCGUUCUGCUGAAAUGGGAUCAUAUCUUAACGGAGUCUGCAGACUUCAUGGCCUCAUUUGCGUUCUGGAACGAAUCAACCCAAGUCUAUGACCUAGGUCCGCCCAUGUACCCAGCGUCAGAAAAUACUCCUCCAAACAGCACGACAAACCCUACGUUUGAACUCGCAUACUGGCGAUUCGGCCUGGAUACAGCCAUCACUUGGAAACAGCGCUUGAAUGAGACCGUUCCAGAGACAUGGAAUACUGUCGCAGCACAUCUCGCACCGCUUCCCACCACCAAGUCCCCAACGGGAGAGGAAACCUACACUCUCUACGAAGGAAUCUCUAACAUGUGGAGGGACCCCCAGACCGUGAUGGAUCAUCCAGCCUUGACAGCUAUCUACGGCCUGCUUCCCGCACCGUCCUGCGCACCAGACAUUCUGAACCGCACCAUUCUCACUGCCACUGCGGUCGAGGUUGCCCGUGCUUGGAAUUUCACUGAUUGUUGGGGUUGGGACUUUCCCAUGCUUGCCAUGAAUUCAGUGCGUUUAGGCGAUGUAGAUGCGGCCGUGAGGUAUCUGGUUGACGAGUACUUCCAGUUUGACGACGUCGGCAUGCCCAUAGGAUCAGAGGGAAAGGCACCCACGCCGUAUUUUCCCGGAAGUGGAGGGUUAUUGCAGGCUGUGGCAAUGAUGGCUGGCGGGUGGGGAGAAGAAGACAAAGAAUUUGUGCCGGCUUUUCCAAGAGAUUGGAUGGCCAGGGUAGACAAUUUUGAGCGAGUCCUAUGA